AUGUUAUCUUUAACUGAACGUCGAUUAUGCCAACUGUCCGUGCUGUUCGUGCGAGAAAUCGCUAUCAGAAGAGCGGCUACUGGUAGGAUUAUAUAUGAUGCAAGCUCAAUGCUGUUCUCGGUACCAGUGAAUUUCAAGAACUUUAAAGGUGACAUGAUACAACUAGAUGCAAUUUAUCAGGACACUAUGCCCGACGGCGGUCAACGAGCCACUGUUCUUGCACUUCAUGGAGCGCCUGGAUCUCAUGCUGAUUUCAAGUACUUGAUACCGAAAUUGAGAAAGAAUGCGAUUCGUGUGAUUUCACCAAAUUUUCCUGGACAAGGUUUUACGAAGGGUCAUCCUCGCCUCGCAUGUGAGAAUGUCGAGCGUAAUUCUUUCGCCCAAGCUGUGUUGGAUAGUGUGGGUAUAACCGGCUCGAAGGAUCUCUAUUUAUUAGGACAUUCCAGAGGUGGUGACAACGCCGUUCAAAUAGCUACUUCUAAUAAGAAUUUGGGUAAUGUCCGAGGUGUAGUGAUGCUAAAUUCAGCUGGACUUCGCGAGCACCGUGCCAUGAGACCAUUUUGGCGUAUUGGUAUCACGAUUAGAUUACUAGAUUUGAAAAUAUUCAACUCUAUGCUGCACCCUCUUCUAUAUUUUGUAUAUAAUCAUAUGUUGGGUUUAAAAGUGCCAACGGGAGAAGCAGCCGCUACAGCACUGCGAUUACUGCGAAGUUUUGCUUAUGACAAAUUGCUACCUAACAUAAAAAUCAUUAAUGAGCACCCUGAGAUAAAGUUCUUACAUGCUUAUUCUGGCGAUGACUCUCUCAUUGAAGCAAAUGUUAGUAAAGAAUUUGCGGAACAGUUCAAGAAUAGGGUCGAGUUGGAAUGUUCUCUGGAUAACAGCCUGGAUGUCUCAGUAUCCACUAUAGAAGCUUUUUCUGAAGGAGUCCAAACAGUAUCCGUCAAUUUUACUAAUGAAGGACAUUUUCUACAGAAAUUUCGUGCUCACUUCCUAGUUAAUGUGAUACUCGGACUUGUCUCAAUGCAAUCGGGUAAAUUGAAGAGUGAUCUCUAGCAGACUAAUAAAUGCUUGUAGUGC